AUGACUUCGGGCGAUCAGUCCCCAAAGUUAACAUUUAGCAACAGUGAGUUCGCACUCCUUACCAUUCAGGAAAGGUGGCCGAAAAUAUUGUCUCAGUUGAUUGAUUCCAUUUACCGAAAUCGUGAAGUUUAUUGCAGUAAUGCCUGUAAAGAUAUAUCUGAUAAGCUAAAGAAACUGACACGCCAUGUUGGUCAACUGAGAUAUGAUAUUAUGACAAAUAAACCAAUGACACUUUUGUUAUCUGAACCCUUAGGCUCUGCUGAACUGCAACUUUGGAACCAGUUGCUUUCCAACUACGGAGUUAAACAAAAGCCACUGGAAGAUGCAAAUUGUAUGGCCUCAAACGUAUGCUGGUAUGACCUCCCGUGGCUUUUUGCUGAAUGUUAUCUUUAUCGUCGUGUCAUUGAUGUAGUUCUUCAAAGCGGUCUUGAUGAAUUUGACCCGUUUUUCUUGAAAAAGCAGUAUGGUCUCAGAAACUCUGAAGCUUUUAUAACUUCUGUUCUUUCGUCUUUAACACGACUAUCUGAUUUAUCGCCUGAACAGGCAUUCAGCAUCUUUUUACAUUCUUCUUUAUGGGCCAAUGAAUAUGACUUAUCACUUAAUCCCGAUGGUGAAUUCCAGCAAACUGGUUUUGACCAGAUUUCAGACUACAUUAGACGUGCUGAAGAACGAACAGUUGUAAAUGAUAUCGACAUAGUACGCCAAUUUUGUGUAAACUUUUCAGAACGUAUGAGUUCAAAUGGUUGUAAUCGUAAGCUUCGUGUGGUAAUUGUGCUUGAUAAUGCUGGUCCUGAGUUGGUUGCCGACUUGUGUCUCGCUGAAUACUUUUUAGCGAGCGAAUUGGCCGAAUCUGUUACGUUUCAUGGAAAAUGUAUGCCUUGGUUCGUUUCGGAUGUUACUAGUAAGGAUUUCAACUGGUUGCUAAACAUAAACACUUCGAAUUUCAAGGGGAUAGAUGAUGGUCAGCAUAUUCACUGGAUCUCAAAAUGGUCUGAAAUUUGGCGAAAACGCGUCCAUAAUGGCGACUUUCAAUUCAAAACAUCAUACUUCUGGACUCUACCUUGUACAUACGAUGAAAUGGAAGCAUUUGACUCCGUCUUAUAUGAAGAUUUGGCCAAGAAUUAUGAUCUGAUUAUAUUCAAGGGUGAUCUAAAUUACCGUAAACUUUUGGGUGAUCGUCAAUGGAAACCUGAUAAUCCAAUGGAUAAGAUCAAUGCUUUCCGUGGUGUACAGAUUGGUAGAUCAUUGAAGUGUUCAUGUUCAAAAAAUGUUAAUAAUUUGAAAAUUGGUUCUCCUAUUGCUAAUUGUUCAUGUGGUCCAAUGAUUAUAACUCUUCGAGUUGCAAAAUCAGAUGUAGCUGUAGGUUUAGAGAUUGAUUGUUUAACUGAAUUGUUAAAGAAAAACAAAAAUUGGUGGACUAUUGGACAGUAUGGUUUUAUUCAAGUUGUUUCUCCAAUUGUAUAUGAAUCAAUAUCUACUAUGUAA